CUUCCAACAUGACACCUUGGCCCCAGCAUGUUUUGAUUCUUGCCUGCUUGACAUUCGCGAUGGAAGUAGCUGAAGUGCCCCCACCAAGAGGUUCUAGGGAGGCGGACUAUUCCUGUCCUGGAGGAUACAGUUUCGAUGACAAUGUUGAUCUGUGUGUCUCUGAGAACAGCACAGAGUGCACCAACUACCAGAUCAGCCGAUGCCCUACUUCCGUCACCGUUGAAGAAUACUGCUUGUGUUGGAAUAAGCACCUGCAGAUCCAUGCAUGUCCGGAGGGAACUCACUUCGAUGCAAGCCAUUCUGUUUGCAGGAUCGGUGCAGCUCAGUGCCAGGACGAGUUCACCCCGUUUGCCUGCCCCAAUGGAAGCGCCAGAAACGUCUUCUGCCAGUGCAUCGGCGGAAAGUACGUAACUCAAACGUGUCCCGAUGGAUACUCCUUUGACACCGAGAGAAAGUUUUGUUUUCCGGCCAACAAAGGGGAAAGUGAAGACAGUGAAAAUGGUACCAAAACGUGUCAGCGAUACGGGCUUUUCGCCGAUCCAGCUGAUUGCUCGGGAUACUAUCACUGCUCCGACAAGGGGGCUGAAAUCAAGCAUUUCACAUGCCUGGGAGGAACUAUCUUCAGUUUAACGUCUUUUGCCUGUGUGCCAGGUAGUUGUUAGCAAGUUGUUGCUAAUUAAUUACUUUAUGGUCCGCACUACAACGAGGAAUAACUUAGA